AUGUCUGAACUACCAACCUACGCAAAGCAGAAAGAAUGGAGAGACAUUCAAUCCUUCCUCCCUGAGCGCUUGCACUUCACUGCUGACCAUGCGCCCACCGAAGAAGUCUGGCACCACCGUGGCCACGCUCUGCAUCUCGACAGAUGGCGUAACCCUUCAGCCAGAGUCCGUCUCAUCAUGCAUCACGGCAUGGGAACGAAUGGCCGUAUGAUGUCGAUGCUCCUCGGCGUCCCUCUUCACAAAGCAGGCAUUGAACUCGUCGCCAUUGACAUGCCUGGUUAUGGCUGCACAGUGCCCGCGAAAGGGUACACGUGGACCUAUGAAGACUGGGUGAACAUAUCGAGCGAAUUUAUUGAUCAUGAAUAUGAGAACGACUCUCGGCCUAUCGCACUGUACGGGCUUAGUGCUGGCGGAGGACUGACGUUUCACUCUGCUGGCUUGAAUGGCAAGGUCAAAGGAAUCAUAGGAAUGACCUUCAUGGACAUGCGCAUCAAUAGUGUAGCGGACGUCGCCUGCCGAAACAUGUUCAUGAGCCGCGUCGGCGCACCGAUGGGUCGCGUCAUGAACAGUAUCGGCCUGGGCUGGAUGGCAAUGCCAAUGUGGCUCACCGGCAGGAUGUCGACACUCGUCAACAACAGACAGGCCCUACAAGCUUGUUACCGAGACAACACAUCGGCGAACUCAUGGGUGUCUAUGGCCUUCCUGUCGGUUUUCACGACUUACAAGCCGAAGAAGGAACCAGUAGACUUCGAUGCCUGCCCUAUUCUUCUCACUCAGCCUGCGGAGGAUAAGUGGACGCCAUUGUGGGUAUCGCAGGCGUUCUUGAAGGAUGUUACCAAGGUUUCGGUCAAGACUGUGAUGUUGGAUAAUGCGGGACACUAUCCCCUUGAGGAUCCGGGAUUGCAGCAGAUGAGUGAGGCGAUUGUGGCUUUUCUCAAAGAUAUUGAGCAGGCAUCUUGA